GUGCUGCCAAAAUAAUAAAAGAGGAAACUGAAAAGAAUAGUUUUAUUUCAGGAACAGUUACAUGGAGAGAGAAUCGGAGAAGCAAUGUUCUGCUGAUAUGAAUAAUUGAUACCGUGUUUGGCGUGAUAGUCAAGCCUGUGUGCCGCGUGCAAAUAGCGAGGAUCUCAGUGACUUGUGCAAGGACGAUACGAGUAACAGCAGAAGAAGGAUGUGAUUCCUGGGCGCGAGUAUUCUCGCCUAGAUACCGUAGCGGAAGUCGCGGUGCAUCAAUCGCCCUGCACCGAGCUACAGCGCGUUUGUAGACUAGGAAAAAGCUACUUGGUGGUUCGCGGAGCAGCCUACUGCUGCCUGGAAUGCACGACCGUUCGUGUGGACGAUGAUUUCCUGACGUGGCCAAUGAACAUCAGACUCAACGGAAUGAAGCUAGCUGCCUUUUAAGCUGCUGCGAUGUCUCUGCGGGACAGAUUGAAGAGGUGUGUUCGCCAGCUGAACCUUGAAUUGAACAACGAAGAGAUCACCGACUACUUGGUCGGCGACAAUGUCCUUUCGUCGGCAGAGUACGAUUUGAUCUUAGCGCGGGUAUGCAAGGACGGUCGGCACGCUGGCAAUCGGCAACUGGUCAGCUUGAUCAUCCAGAAACAUCAGACGCUAAUGGCGCGCUUCAUGAUCCGGCUGCGGGAGCUGCAGCCUGAUCUUGCCAAUGAUGUGGACACCUGCAGCGUCGACCAUUCUAGCGCUGACUUCUACUUGUUUGAGAACGCUGAGUAUGCACCCGAAAUGCACGGGCUGCCACCCAGUCGCCCCGGCUCUCCGUCAAAGCUGGCCACGGCAAAGGAUCGGGAGAUCGAAGACCUGCGGAAGGAGCUGGAGGAGGCGCGCGUGCAGGUGGCGGGACUUUCAAGCACCUUCCUCGAGUUGACGUGCAAGGGUUUCCGAGAGGGGACGGAUUUUGACCGCGAAGGAGCUCUUGCCAAGGCAUGUGUUCGCCACUGCCAGCUAUACCGGAAUAACUAUGGGGUGCUAGAAAAGUUUCAAGUAAGAGGUGCCUUGCCACCCAACACGUUUGGCUGCAAUGCCUGCGCGAUGGACGGCUACAUAUACGCGUCGGUGUCGCGUGGCCAAUCACGCGUGCGUGAGCUGCUGCGCUGUCCCCUGAACGAUCUGUACAGCGGCUGGAGACCGCACACGCUGCCGCUUAGUCGCAGCGUUACCUGGGGCCACGUGAAGAUCUUCACCGACGGCGCCCAUCUGUACUGUGCCGCUACGGAGAACCGGCAGAGCUCAUUGUACACGGUGUUUGCUUGUCACAAGGGCGACUGGUCUUCAGUGGUCGACCUGCCGGCUGUACGCUACGACUUCCGUAUCGCCAUCGCUCACAACCAGUUGAUUAUCGCCGGCGGCUACGUCCAAGACCACGUUCCGUGCCAUGACGUUAUGGCGAGCCCCAUCGACUCCGAUAGUCCUCACUACGGCACGUGGCAUAGGAUCGGCGUGGACAAGUGUUUCCGCAGCAUCCCAGCCAUUGUGUCCGACGACGAUCACGUGUACGUACUGGGCGGCACGGGAAACUGGGACGAUCUCACUAGCCAGGUCACCGUGACGACGUUGCGUCGCCACUCGCCCUUCCACUAUGAUCUCCAAGCAGGCGCCAUUUGCAAUCUCCCCGUGUUCUCAACGUUUGCCGUGAACGUCGGUAAGAGCAUUGUGAUUGCUGGUGGACGAUUGCUUGACGAUCAGCACGACGAGAAGGGAAAGAUCACCGGCCAGUGUAGUGUCUACGAUCCCAUCAAGGAUCGCUGGCUGCCACUGCCGUCACUCGUCAUCGCCCAGAGCAACCCGGAGGUCGUUGCCCACGGCAACAAGCUCUACUGCUUCUGGGGCCAGAUGGGCACGGACUACGACAUGGCUGAACGGCAGUGCGAGCAGAUUCAGGUGCUGAAUUUCUGAGCGACAUGCGUAUGCCAGUAGGUGGAUCUCUGUCUGCGACCAUAGACUCACUGCUGCUGUCAUGCGAUGAACAAUAAUAAUAUUAUUUUCGAGUAAGGGGAAACAGAAUUUUAUUGCAACUCAUUCACGCUUGCACGAUCAUCAGGCAGAUUUGUUUCUGGUAUGAAACGGGGAAUGGUUUUUUUUAUUUAUGCGAACGCGAUUUUUGGAUUAUUCUGGUAUGAAACGGGGAGUGGGUUUUUUAUUUAUGCGAACGCGAUUUUUGGUCUCUAACCACUUUCUGGUAGGUCUGAUUAGCCGUGGCUGGCUAUAAAAACCCUGCAAUCGCCGUGCAAAGUGGUCAUUGGCUACCCCAGCCAUAUAUUGCUUGGAAUAAAACUAAUACUAACUAAACUGAUAGAAUCACAGUCCUGCCGCCUCCAGGACCUCUAGACUUUUCUGUUUGAUGCAUUCAAUUUGCUCCUCUUCUCAAUCACGCUUGGAGUUUAAUUUAAAGAAUCUAAUUAUCUGCUUGAAUAGGCGCUGGCGCUGAAGGCAAAGUCAUUUUUAGGGACAUGUUUCCUUUUGAUCAAGAAAGUCAUGGCAUUUUGCAUUCAGUGAUACUGCGUUCAGUAGGCGAAGCUGGAAAAAUUAUUUGCACCAUUGCUCUUUCACCUUUUGCAUUUUUUCUCCACACAUUGUACAUAGAAAAUAAUGUGAAGCAAAUCGGCUUUGUACCGAUCACUCCGCGAGAAUUGACCUGCGUUUUUUUCUUCGUCUAAUAGUCAGUGAUUGUAUUUAUUAUUAUUAUUAUUAUUAUUCGCCUGUGUGGAUUCACAGGAAGUGUGUGUCACGAAGUCUGAAGAAAA